UCAACAAUUUAAAGACUUACGAACAUCAUGAUCAAGGAAACAACAGGAGCAAGAAAAUCAUAACGACAGCAACACGAGAUCAACCCCAUCAGGAUCAACAACAUCAACAACAAGAUCAAAGUCUUAAGGUCUUAAGCGUGUGCAGCAAGUAGCAAGUUGAUGAAUUAAAUAGUUGGUCCGGAUCUAGUUAGCUUAGGCAGAUGAAAGGCACUAAGCCCCAGGGAUCUUCGUACUUAACAACAACAACAACAGAAGCCAGACGUUUUGUCUUCUCAAAUUUAUCCUGUGCUUGUGCAGAUUAGCACUAGUCACAGGACAGGGGCGACAUCGCUGAG